UUUGUCGAACAAACUAGACACGCGAACUUCUACGCAGGUGUGAGCACUGAGGCCUGCAUUGCAUGGUGACUCAACUUCUUGCUCAAUUGGACUUCACCGCCAUGGCAUUCGGAUGACCACUUUCCACCAAGCAGCAAUCAGACGGCCAAGAGGGCGCAGGCCACCUGAACACCCAUUGGGGAGUGCUUAAAGGGGCCCCGUGGGAGGGCGCUGGAAUUAAAACGUGCGAGUUGCGAAUUAUUCGUUCCGAACGAUGGCAAAGGGGAAGAGAAGAUUUUAUGCGGUUCGAAGAGGUUAUCAGCCAGGCAUCUACAAAUCCUGGGAGGAGUGCUCGGUGCAGGUGCUGGGGUUUCCUUCAGCUGAUCACAAGAGCUUCAGCACAGAGUCUGAAGCGAGAGCAUACUUACAUGCUUCAGAUGUGACGGCAUUACACACUUCAGAGCAUGGGAUUUCUCUCCAAGACAAUGAUGUCUGCACCGAAGUUUCUCAGGUUCUGCAAGUGGUAGACAGUAGCCAGCAAAGAAGUCCGUUAGAAGAUCCCACUUGCCAGCCUGCCAAGAAGAGAGCUGUCGGCCUAUAUAACCACCAGCCUGUAGGGGGAAGUGACGGAAUGCUGAAAGAGAGUCCUGCCGGAACUGAGUCCACAGAUACUAGGCUUGAAACGUUGAAUAACGUUGAUGUGGUAUCAAAUUCAGCAUCUCCAAACUUCCAAUCAAACAACCUGGUUGAAAGCAGCCAGAAUUUAGAACAGAGACUUGGUGGUGAGGAUGGAGAUGCUGUUCGGAGCAAUCUUGCGAGCGGGACAGCAGAUGCAGGUGUGGCCGGCCCAAGUGUGCUCAUCAAUGCAGCAGCAUUGCAGAGAAGGGCAAAGACCAUCUCUGAGGAACCUGUGUAUGUUCUCGAGUUCGAUGGUGCGUCAAAGGGUAACCCGGGGCCAGCGGGGGCCGGUGCUGUUUUGCGGAAGCCCGAUGGUACAAUAGAAGAAGAACUUGUUGAGUACGUAGGUCCAAAGGCCACAAACAACGCCGCAGAAUACCGAGGGCUGAUUAUUGGUUUGGAGGCGGCGCGAGCAAGGGGCAUUCGGCGGUUGCAUGUCAAAGGAGACUCGAAAUUGGUUGUGUGCCAAAUGUUGGGCCGCUGGAAGGUCCAGAAUGUCGACAUGAUUGCGCUUCAUAAAGAGGCAAAGAGUGUGGCAGCCAGCUUUGAAGAGUUCAAGAUCGAGCACAUGCUGCGGGAAUUCAACUCAACCGCUGACAAGCUUGCAAACAUCGCUGUCUUGCGAGCCCCAAACGGUCGGCCGGAUUUGCUGCCGGCAGGUACUGAGGGCCAAGUUGAACCGGGUGGAGACGAUCCCGCCGGUGGCCUCGCAUUCGUGGACUCCCUGCAGACUUCUUAUGCAUCACAGUUCAACGCAUCGACCACAGAUCCAACGAGACCUGCAAUCAAGUCGUGUGAGGUAUAGGACCCCGCAACAAUUGGCCGGUUUACUAACUCUGCAUUUUCUGAGAAGUAUCCCAAGGGUUAGAAUGCUGCGACCAAUGCCGAUGCUCCACCGUCAGAGCUUCGCUCCAACCUUAAUCAGGAUACUGCAUUAACAGGAAGUCGCCAGGAACUUGCGGAUUGCGGCACUUUCUAUUUACUUCUUACGAACUCACAGCUAGUAGGGGCAAUGAAUGUUUUGCGCGACGCGUAGCUGACUGUAUGAAUGGAACCGUCUUAAUGCAAGAGCUGCAGUGGAUGGUCGCAUG